AUGCGCUGUGAAAGAAUCUUCCUCCAUCAAUUUGGACAGAUGAUCUGAUAUUCAUUUUCAAACUAAUGCCACUAAUGACCCAAGGAAAGGAAGAACUGAACUUCAAGCUAGGGAAGGAAAGCUAGUAACUGAUACGCAAAACUAACAGGCAAGCAAAGCACAAAAGGCACCCCGACGGCCUCAUCAAUCGAGGAAGGAAGCAUGAAAAUCGUUGAAAAAGCCUUCUUGCUAUUGAGCGGGCUUUCAUAGGCCUUUGGUUUGGGAUAUUUGAUUGAAUCAGAGAAUAGGUUCUUACAGUGCCCGGAAUUGGACAAAUGAAUGAAGAUGGCAUGAAGCCGAUAGCUGCUUAUCCGGAUCCGGGCUUUCUUUUUCUUAAGGCGGGAAGGAAAGGCAAAGGCAAGUAA